UUCCUGCUGGUGCUGGAGCGGCCCGAGCCGGCGCAGGACCUCUUCGACUUCAUCACGGAGCGCGGCGCCCUGGACGAGCCCCUGGCGCGCCGCUUCUUCGCGCAGGUCCUGGCCGCCGUGCGCCACUGCCACGGCUGCGGGGUCGUGCAUCGCGACAUCAAGGACGAGAACCUGCUGGUGGACCUGCGCUCGGGCGAGCUUAAACUCAUCGACUUUGGCUCGGGCGCGCUGCUCAAGGACACGGUCUACACCGACUUCGACGGCACCCGGGUAUACAGCCCCCCAGAGUGGAUCCGGUACCAUCGCUACCACGGGCGCUCAGCCACCGUGUGGUCUUUGGGAGUGCUGCUUUAUGACAUGGUGUGCGGGGACAUCCCUUUCGAGCAGGACGAGGAGAUUCUCCGUGGUCGCCUGUUUUUCCGAAGGAGGGUCUCCCCAGAGUGUCAGCAACUCAUUGGGUGGUGUCUGUCCCUGCGGCCCUCGGAGCGGCCCUCAUUGGACCAAAUCGCUGCCCACCCCUGGAUGCUGGGUGCUGACGGGAGUGCCCCAGAGAGCUGUGAUCUGCGGCUCUGCGCUCUGGACCCUGAUGACGGGGCCAGCACCACGUCCAGCAGUGAGAGCUUAUAAGGGCCUACGCCUGGUGUGGGGGAGCAAUGGGACCACCUGCCUCGGCCAGCACCCCCAACGCCCCCAAACACUGAAGUUCUCCUGCCUGGGCUGUCUCCUUCUGCAGAAGCAGUGACCUCUGACCCCUGGUGACCUUUGCUUUGAGUGCCUUUUGAACGCUGGUCCCACGGGACUUGGUUUUCUCAAGCUCUGUCUGUCCAAAGACGGCUCCGGUCAAAGCGAGGUCUCGCCUGCCCUGGGUGGAUACUUGAACCCAAUACGCCCCUCUCUGUGCUGCUCUGUCUGGGAGGUGGCCUGCCCGUCUGUCUGACUGUGUCUGACCCGGAGCAUUCUCUCAGUUGGACCCAGGGUCCCCGUGCCCAUCACCCGCCCUCAGUCCUGCGGUGUGCGUCUGGGCAUGUCCAUGCACAAGCAAUGCAACGUACGGGCCUCUGUGCCCGCCCGCCCACCCACGCGAGCUAUGUCUGCGCGUGCCACGUCUGUUAUUUAUGGUGUGACCCCGUGGAGGGCGCCCCCGGCCCACCGGGGCUAUUUAUUGUUUAAUUUAUUUGUUGAGGCAACUUCCUCUGAGCAGCCCUGCCUCCUCCAGGCCCCUGGGGGCAGCGGGGAAGGGAGGAGAGGGGAUGGCUUUGAGGUACACAGACACCCAGGUCCUGAUUCCUGCGCCUGGUGUGUUCCUAGCCCCGCCUAUGUCUGUCAGAAGAUGAACUUGUACAGUGGCUAAUUUAAGGGGAGUGGGUGACCCCAAUACCUCCAGGCACUCUGCCCUGGGAGGGUGGGUUUUAAAUUAUUGACUUUGUACAGUCUGCUUGUUGGCUCUGAAAGCUGGGGGGUGGGGGGGGAACAGAGUCUCAAGCCUUUAAUUUAUUUUAGCACCUGUGUUUCUGUGGUCCCGGUGUGUGUAGGCAUCGUGGAUGGGGAUUUCUUUCAGUUAAAAAGUGAGAUGUCUGGAGAUCAUAUUUUUUUAUACAGGUAUUUCAAUUAAAUUUUUUUUGUAUAUA